AUGGUAAUUAUCAUUUACUAUAUUCUCCUAGUUAUUCUUUACCUCUAGGAAAAUUGUUCAAGGGCAGAAUAAUUAGGCUCACUUCCCUAAUUUGAGUUAGUCUUCGUUAUGGAAUACAUUAGGCAUGGCCACAGAGCACCAUUCAAGUUAUUGAAAGGAAUUUCGGAAAAUUCAGGCGGGGUACUUCCAGGAGAGUUGACUGAAUAUGGGAAGAAGCAAUUAUUUUUACUUGGUUAAAAGAGAAGAAGGAUUUAUAUAGAGGAGUAAAAAUUCCUUAGUUCUAACUUUGAUCCCAACGAAUUGUUAUUAUUGUCAACGGAUUAUUCAAGAACAGCUGAAAGCUUAGAAAACUUGUUACAUGGCAUGUACCCUAUAAUGGAAUCUGAUCUUUAUGAGGAACUUGACUACAAUGAACAUUUAUUUAGCGCAAUAAAGGACACAAAAUAUGAGACAAUCCUUAAUUAGGCUAUUUAAGAUAAGUGCCCUAGCAAGCCAAUCAUAAGAAUAACUAAUGAAAUUGAUAAGAUAAUGAACUACAAGUCCAGCACAGUACUAAGAGAAUUUCUCACGAAAGACAAGUUUGAUAUUUUCAAAGUCGAAUAGGAAAUAGUGGACAUUUUUGGUUCAGUCUAUACUGAUAAAAAGAAAGAACUACAGUAAAAAUAUGGAGUAGAAAUUAAAAACCUCAGAGAUUUCUUCGAUAUAAGUGAUUAGAUCAUAUGCGAGCAUUCUCCAGUAAGUCCCUAGAAUAUCUUUGAGUACCGAAUGAUUGUCACUUACAUUUUGGCUAAUAACUUCAAGAGCAGUCAUGAUCAUUUUAAAAGUCUAUAUCAAUAUAGAAUCAUGAAACCACUGAUUGAUGUUCUAGUUAAUGCAAAAACACUCUAAAAAGCGAGAAGACCAUUGAUUCUUAAAUACAUUGUGCACGGACUUCAUGACAUUAAUCUUGCUUAAAUUCUGGAUUUCUUGGAUUAUUUCAAUUAGCUAGGUUGGCAGAAAAUUUAGCCAUUAGAUUUUGCUUCCAGUAUUAGAUUCGAGCUAUUGCAAAAUAAUAAAGAGGAUGACUAGUUUAAAAUUAGAGUCAUAUACGAUGACCAAAUAAUAGACUUAUAUUAAAAGGGAGAGCUUGUUGACUUCGAAGUAUUCUUAAAAAAGUUUAGUGAUAAAUUGAGAGAAAAUGAGGAUGACCUAUUAUAGCUUAUAAAUGAAGAUGGGCAAUAGGGCAUUUAAAAAUUAGAUUGA